GGACCAUGACAUCACGAGUCUUGCUGAAUGGUCUGACACGGCUUCCUGGACUGAUUGUCUUUGAUUUAGAUUACACCCUGUGGCCCUAUUGGUGUGACACUCAUUUUUCGACUCCACUUCGACGAGAGCAUGGUUUCGUUUACGGCAGUGACGGCAGCCGCUAUGUCACCUAUCCGGAUUCAGACGCUAUUCUCCGUGCUGUUCACGAGCAUCCGGACAUACUGCUGGCAUGUGCUUCGCGCACUGCGGCAAUUGACAUCGCGCGAAACAUGCUGAGACUACUAAAUUGGGACGUACUUUUUGAUUAUAUGGAAAUCUAUCCGGGCUCUAAAGUUCAGCAUUUUCAAAGAUUCCGCAAGCUUUCUGGAGUUGCCUUCGAAAGUAUGAUCUUUUUCGAUGACGAAGAACGCAACAUUGUGGAAGUUGGAAGGCUUGGUGUCCAGACUCACUUGGUUCCACGUGGAAUAGAUUUAAGCCUGUUUCAACUAGCCCUGAAACAAUUCGACCAGAAAGAUUCAGCUAGAUAACGUCGCUCCAUAUUAUUUUCCUUUGGAUUCUUCGUGUGUGCCUUUCGGCCUUUCCAUCGCUAACGAAUAGCCAUGAUGUGUUUGGCUUGCAUUUAGAACAGCUGGUUUAGUCACCGUUUAUGCUUUGCGUUCUCAAUUUUCCCCAGCUGUCUAUAUUUUUUGUCUCUUACAUCGCAUUUGUGAAAGUAUAGUUGCAUCGGUUGCCGCAGUGCCCAUGCACCGCACAUAGGCAUACUGGCCCUAACUGACGAUCCUGUGCUUGUAACUUAAUUGAAGAUAUCACAGAUGACUGUAUGGACGUGCUUAUUCUACCCUCAUCAAAAUGUCCCCUUCUAUAUUCUCUAUCCAUAUAUCACAACUAAGAACACCGCGUUGUCUUUUAAUGGUUCAUAUCAGAAAGAGUCGACACUUCCAUACAA